GUCAUCGGCACGGUCAAACUCUCCUUGAUAAUUACCGAGCGUAUGCCGCGCAAACAAGAAGACGACGACGACGACGGUGAGGAGCGCUGCUGCAGCAUGUCUGUCGUCACGGAAGAGAGCAUCCCUGCCGUCACCACGGCAACGCCCCCCGGACCGGCUGCCAUGGAGACCGCCGACAUCGUGGUGGUGGUGGUCUACCUGCUCCUGGUCAUGGCCGUUGGAAUCUGGGCGUCCGUCAGGGCCAAUGGCAGCACGGUGGGCGGCUACUUCCUGGCUGGCCGAUCCAUGACCUGGUGGCCUAUUGGAGCGUCUCUGAUGUCGAGUAACGUCGGAAGCGGCUCCUUCAUUGGGUUGGCGGGAACGGCAGCGGCGGGCGGCAUCGCUGUGGGCGGCUUUGAGUUGAAUGCGGCGUGGGUCCUGGUGGCUCUGGGCUGGAUCUUCAUCCCGGUGUACGUCGCGGCCGGGGUGGUGACCAUGCCGGAAUACCUGGCCAAGCGCUUCGGGGGACGCAGGAUCCAGGUGUACCUGUCCGUCCUGUCCCUGGUCCUCUACAUCUUCACCAAACUAUCUACGGACCUUUUCUCCGGUGCGCUCUUCAUCCAAGUGUCCUUUGGCUGGAAUCUGUACGUGUCCAUUGCGAUUUUGCUGGUGAUCACGUGCGUGUACACCGUGGCAGGAGGUUUGUCGGCGGUCAUCUACACCGACGCGUUCCAAACCGUCAUCAUGGUGGGAGGAGCCUUCACGCUCCUGUUCAUUGCGUUCUCCCAGGUGGGCUGGUACGAGGGUCUGACGCAGCUUUACAUGUCGUCCGUUCCCACGGCGACGGUGGCCAACGCCACCUGUCACCUCCCUCGCGCCGACGCCUUCCACAUGUUGCGAGACCCCGUGUCCUCGGACCUGCCCUGGCCGGGGCUCAUCUUUGGACUCACCGUCAUCGCCACCUGGGUGUGGUGCACCGACCAGGUGAUAGUUCAGAGGUCACUGGCUGCACGUUCGCUGAGCCACGCCAAAGGAGGAAGCGUCUUAGGAGGUUACCUCAAAGCAUUACCCAUGUUCUUCAUCGUCAUGCCAGGCAUGAUCAGCAGGGCGCUCUUCCCCGAUGAGGUGGGUUGCGUGGAUCCAGCCGUGUGUCGGCGUGUGUGUGGAACUGCGGUGGGCUGCUCCAACAUCGCGUACCCCAAACUGGUGGUGGAACUCAUGCCAGUCGGCGUCCGUGGCCUGAUGCUGGCCGUGAUGUUCGCCAGCCUGCUGUCGUCGCUGACGUCCAUUUUCAACAGCAGCUCCACCCUCUUCACGUUGGACCUUUACCAGCGAGUCCGACCCGCCGCCUCCGAGAUGGAGCUCAUGAUCGUGGGCAGGGUCUUCGUCCUGGCGCUGGUGGUCGUCAGCAUCCUGUGGAUCCCGAUCAUCCAAUCGGCAAACAGCGGCAAGCUGUUUGAAUACGCCCAGUCGGUGGUCAGCUUUCUGGCUCCGCCCAUCACCGCCGUCUUCGUCCUGGCCAUCUUCUGGCCGCGCACCAACGAGCAGGGCGCGUUCUGGGGCCUGAUGGCGGGCCUGGCGGUGGGCUCGGUCCGGAUGGUUCUGGAGUUCUCCUACGAGGUUCCGGCGUGCGGCCAGCCGGACCUCCGCCCCUCCGUGCUGACCCGGGUGCACUACCUCUACUUCGCCAUCCUCCUGAUGGCCUUCAGCUGCUCGGUGAUGGUCGCGGUCAGCUUGGCCACGCCCCCCAUACCGGCCAAGCACCUGCACCGACUGACCUGGUGGACGAGACACAGCACGUCGCCGCGCGUGGAUCUGACCGCCGAGCCGGGGGCUCGCCAAGCCUCCGACCCGGACCCCUGGUCAAACCUCGGUUUUCGACCAUAA